UACUGCUGUACAUCGCUGGGAAAACGAGCGAACAACAAUGUUUUCACUGACUAUGGCGACUCUUUUGGAGUUGGAGAUGUGGUGACGGCAGAACUGGAUUUCGAAAAAGCCACUAUCAGUUUUUGGAAGAACUCCGAAUGUAUGGGAGUGGCUUUCUCCAAUGUGGUAAUCCCCGAAGAUGAAGCGGUUUAUCCUCACAUAUGUGUAAAGAAUUGUCGGGUAUCUGUCAACUUUGGCACAUUCCCCGGAGGCGAAGAAGAGUGGUUAAAGCGCCCUGAGUGGACUUUUCCGAACUCUCUUCCGAGCACACAAACUGAGCGUGCUCCCGUUCCACCAGACAGUAAAUCAGAUUGCACUGUGCUCAUGAUGGUUGGCUUGCCGAGUGUAGGGAAAACUACGUGGGUUCGUCGUUAUAUACGAGAACAUCCAAAAGAACACUGGACGCUCAUCAGUGCAGAUACCAUAUUAGCUUCCAUGAAGGUGAACGGCGUCUCUAGGAACAGCAGCCAUAUAGGACGAUGGGACAUGGUUCUCGGCUUAGUUGGAAAAGCAAGAAAUAGGUUACUUUCUUUGGCUGCCCGCCGAAGACGGAAUUACAUCCUUGACUUCACCAACUGUGAUCCAGACACUCGAAAAAAGCGUCUAGCUCUUUUUGAAGGCUUCUUCCGACAGUGCGUGACGAUUGUUCCGUCCGAUGAGGUGAUGCAACAAAGGCACGCUAAGCAUCUUCGUCAGAACAGAGGAGAAGGAACAGCAGCAGUCCCAAUCGAAACGUUCCUGGAACUGAAAGCUGUGAUGGAAAUGCCAGUAGUGUCGGAAUUUCUCGAGAGUGUAAUAUAUGUUGAUCCGGCAAUGGAAGAUGCCCAAAUAGCCAUCGAUCGCAUUGCAAAGUUCAACGAAGAAGGCAGACCUUGGUAUUCGAGCAAAUACAAGAAACGUGGCUUCUGGAAUGGCACCUAUGGAGAUGAGCCAUUCCGAAAACCGUCUGGAACGCAGACACGCACUCAGCCAGUCACCUCCAUGGAGAAGAAUCACCCCGAAACCAUCACUGUUACAAUUACNUUUUUGACCGCCAAAAAACGUUUGAAUAUUAUAGCGUCUGGAACGCAAACACGAACUCAGCCAGUCACCUCCACGGAGAAGAGUCACCCCGAAACCAUCACUGUUACAAUUACGGACAAUGUUCCUCCGGUACCAGCGCAAAAUAAUGAAUCCGAAAAGACAUCUCCAUUAGUAGUUAAUACUACACAGCCUGUACAGUUGUCACCUGCACCAGAUCUCGCAAAAAGAUUAUCGGAGAAGCCAGCUCCUAUCUUAGCCAAUGGUGGCGAAAAUGUCCCGGUAUCACUUCCGGGCGGAGUGACAUUAUCAAUGAUACCUACUCCUAGCAGUCGUGUGGAGGAACCUCCAAAGAUCAUAAGCCAUCUCCCAACUGUGUUCACUCACCCUCCUCCUGCAUUGCCAUCUCCAGUUGUGCAAUCUCAUCCCACGAAUCCGCCUUUGGUCGCGCCACCUCCUCCUCCUGCGAUGCCACCUCAGGUUGCACCAUUAUCCGCUGUGACUCAAAUCUCUCCAUUCCCGGGAAAUACGUCUGCACCGAGCCGCGUAUCUCCAUUAGCACCACAGGUUAAAACCUUUCCCCCAAGAAGUCGAUGGGAUGCUCCUCCACCCGUGAUUCCAAACUUCUCUGUGCCACCUCCUACACUUGUGACACCUAACCUAUAUGCUCCUAACGUCGCUGCAAUACCACCUCCCAUGAUACCUUUGAUACCGAACACAUCGAUUCCUCCACCGAACGUUCCGCCACCGAAUGUCCCUCCACCGAAUGUUCCUCCACCGAAUGUUCCUCCAACGAACGUUCCGCCACCUGGAUGGCCUCACCAUCUUGGCUGA